GAGCAACCUUCCCCUCUCCCUUUCCAUCCACACAACCACCCGAUGGCAUCCAAAGCAGUCGCCACCGCCGCCGAUUAUGCGCGCAUUUACUCCUCUCUCGGUCUUGGCAAAGAGACCGUCGCGAGCCUGCAAGCCUUCCGCAAGCGGCAUGCAGAUGCUCAGCGCAUCUCCGCGCAGCUCGCCUCGCAGCCCGCGACCGUUGACUUCGCUCACUACCGUUCCGUCCUCAAGAACAAGGCCAUCGUCGACGAGGCAGAGAAGACCCUCGCCAGCUUCAAGCCCGUGACAUACGACGUGUCGGCGCACUUGAAGGCGAUCGAGACCUUCGAGGUCAAGGCGGUUGCCAAGGCCAAGGAGACCGAGGCGCAGAUUGACGUCGAGCUGAAGGAUCUCCAGGCGACGCUCGCCAACAUCGAAGAGGCGCGUCCUUUCGAGGACCUCACCGUCGAGGAGGUUGGCCAGGCCCACCCCCGCAUCCUCGAGACAGUCGAGACCAUGGUUAAGAAGGGCAAAUGGACUGUUCCAGGGUACAAGGAGAAGUUCGGCGACCUUUCACUCAUGUAAUUGCCCUCGCGUCGUCAACACUCCUAGAUGGCCGUCUAGCACUUGCGUGGUGAUCGAAAUAGAAAACACUGCGCUUGAGGCGCUUUUCU